AUGCUUCUACGUGAUAUUUCUGAGGUCCAUGGGCCAAGCUUCCUUCACCUAGUUUCUCCCAGUGAAUUGAAGGACUCCCAUGUCUACUUUACUGUGUCCGAUCCCACCGGGUCGAAAGGUGUGCCUUUUAUAUGUCCUUUAUUACCUUGUAAUGUAGCCUUUUACAGGAGUGCAGCCUCUACGGAGCUGGGGGUAAGCUUGAAUGAAAUUUCCACCCUAACCCUCGUUUUCAGGCGCCCUCCUGGUCAUGUGCAGAUAUGACAGAAUCGACUCUACUUCUGGCAGAUGUUACUAGUGAGCUGAGUCAUCUCUUUACCUACACACUUCCCCAGCCAUCCUGUUUCGCUUCUUUAUUGCAACUCAGUCGGCUGACAAUGUUACCAAUACUCUUGUGCUGCAGACCUGCGUCGAUUUGGAAAAAAUGACCAAGCUGGGAACUGCAGUAGGUCUUUUUGUAUCUUUGUUUGCUUAUGCAAAACAACUUUUAUUCUCAAGAUUCCUCCACUUAACUCGGGCCAUUCGAACCAGCUUGUCGUGGCUUGUGGUGGAGAUUUCUUCGUUUGGUCGUGUGAUACUAAUCUACCCGCUAGCCUGCGACCUGUGAAGUCUUACAACCUUGCCCGGAUCAAGGAGUAGACUGAAUUUUCAAUUUCACUAAUCGUCCAUAGGAUUCUGAGAACUGAGGAGGCAUUGUCAGCUAACGAGACUCGUUUCCAAGAACUGCAUGUGCUGCUGGACAGUCUAAAUGAACAAGGCAGAAGUGCAUCGUUACAGGUAUAUUUUUGUCAUUUUUGUUUCCAUUGGUCCUUUAAACUGGUCGAACACAACUCAAUUUUCCCAGCCACCGUGGCACGUCCGUGUUGGUUCGUAUAUCCCAUUCCAUAUAUCUUUGUCCGGGACGACGGGAACAGUCGGAUAACAAGGCCCACCUGCUCAUCUGGCUGCGAGCUUCCCGACGUGUCUGUUCAUGGUCAAAAAAGACUACUUUUGAAAUAAGUAGGUUCCCGGAUCUGACGACUAGACGGUCACAUGCCAUACGACAGUGGUAUCAUCAGCCUACCUGGGUACCCAUCUGCCUAAUCGAUCAAUCUCGUAAUGAUCAAAAAAUAUAGCGGUGUUUUGGCACCCGAAUGUUGUCAGCCCCAUCGUGGAAGACCGCCGCACAGCACAAUGCUUGAACCCUAAACGGACGCACUAGUUGGGUGGUGGAGGAAGACGACUGAGCCGACUUUUUGGACGACCACAGGACUGUCGUCCGAGCGCACCGUUUAAAUUUGCCGAGAGCCAAUAGUAUCCAUUUUUCUGCCCAAAACAGUGCAUAUGUACUGGGGAAGGCUGUUGAUUGUACAGUGCGUGAUCGAUCUAAUGAAAUGUAGACCGAAAUUCUGAAAUGCCAUUUGGAUUAGGAAGGAUUUCUUAGGUGGGGUUGUAAUGUUGAUUAUCAUGCGGCAUAAUCCCAUAUUAUUUCGGACUCGCCAGGAUUUCGGCUGUUGAAUGUACUUUUCGAACUCCUGCAGAGGCCCCAUCUGUUAAGAAUUGACUACCUAGGCAGCGUGCAUUUUUCAUACUGAUUUUCGAUGGUUUUAUAUAUUCAAAUAUUUUUUAUGGAUAACACGCACAAAAAUAUGUUUUCUUUUACUUGUGUGGUAUAAAAUAACAUUGUCUUUACAUUUUAUACCCGAAAAAGUUUCCCAAUCCCCCAGUAAUUUUGGGCCAGAUCAGUUGCUGCACACCAUUUCUUGAUUCCAGUCUAUAAGGUACAUACUUUUCGCAUAAAAAAUCAUAUAUUCCUCUAUGCCUUUAAGAAGAUACCAUGUUGAGUUCAUAAAAUUUUGUCAUGAAUGCAGACUAUGAUGUACACUUCAUGAGGAGCAGUGGUAAACGGAGAGGUAAGAUGCUGUACGGUCUUAAAAAUCUCAUAACUAGAAACUUUUUUAAAACCUAAAUACACGCUUUAUUUGGGUAUAAAAUGUAAAGACAAUGUUAUUUUCUACCACACAAGUAAAAGAAAGCAUAUGUUCGUACGUCUUAUCCAUAAAAAUAUUUGAAUUUAUAAGACUAUCGAAAAUCAAUGUGAAAAAUACACGCUACUUAAGUAGUCAUUUUUAACAAGUAUGGCUUUUAUAGGAGGCCAAAAUGAAGUGCAUUCAAAAGCCAACAUCCUAGCGAGUCCGAAAUACUAUGGGAGUAUUUUGCAUGAUAAGCAACAUUACAACCCCACCUAAGUAAUCCUUCCUAAUCGAAAACGCAUUUCAGAAUUUCGGCCAACAUUUCAUCAGAUUGUUCACUCACUGUAGGUCAGUCUAAUAAGGACUGAGAGUCCACACCCUGACUUACUAUAUAUCGAUGCAUCUGCGCCUGAUGUCCUCGAAUAUUUUAGUCCGUUAGUGCGGCGAUGGUAUGCCCCAGUCAUUACCUGGGUCGUGAGGCAGGUAGUUAUGGGUAAUCAGACCUUUUGGCGAGCACCGGAAGCCAACAGGAUUUGACAAUGUGCUGUUGGCCGGAAACACACGGGAAUCGCCAUAUUAUGCCGCAGUCUCCGACCUACGGGGGACGUAGAUAAACAGUAAAAAGAGAUGUCGAGUAUACACUCUCUUAUUGGCCAAACAGGUUCUCCUUAACUGACUGCAAAUCGGCCAGCAUCCAGACGUCCAUAACCGGCCCAAACGCCUAGACUCUUUUAGCACUAGCACCUGCAGUACGGGAGCAAGUGCAGUCACUGGCCAGGGAGUGCGUCCUUUGAAAUGUCCUGUCAUCUGUCGAAUCCUGGACUGGGACGUGUACAAAGCGAUUUCUAGUCCCCAAAAAGGACAGCGGUCAUCUGAAAACAGUGUUACCUGUUUCAUGCGCACCCAGACCCCCCACCAUCCGCGGUGAUGCUUUCUUGUCGAGCAACAGCAGCAUUCCUGUGUGCAUCUGUCCUUCACUGUAAUGUUUAGUCGGUAUGGAAUGGAUUUGUCUACCAAGAUAGGUCUGGGGAGGUCCAAUAUUCUUCCAUAACCAGGAGCCUCAUUAUUAUUAUUAUUAUUAUUAUUAUUGCCAGCGUUAAGACGGUCAACUUCACUUUUCUCCACUUUCAGCAUGAACGAUCAGCCAGACUCCAUACAAGGCUAUCUGCUCUACGGGCCUGCCUCAGCGGAGCGAAGCAAAAACUCGUGGGACGGAAAGCCGUUGCGGUCUCCUUGAAAGACGAGCUGGCCUCUGUUGGUGAGAAAAGCAUUGUCAGGGCUUUGACAAGUCUGCAUUUACCUUCUCUACUCGGGAUUUUUAAGUAUCAUUGUAGCUGCGAACAUUCUACGCCCAUGUCCUAAAAGUACGACUGUCGCACUCGAACAGUAUCCUAGAUGCACAGGUCUAACUGUCAAAUGUCGCUCCGUCGACACCGUUUAAGAGUCCAAAGGCGCAAACAGUAUUCACCGCACGAAGUGGGCACGUGGAUUCGUGGACUGUCGUCUCAAAAAUCGAAGGAAUGACUCACUGGCGCUUGUAGUACUGACCAGCACACUUGGAAGUAUUGCAACCUCACUUAAGUAACAUUUCCCACUGGAUGGCACUAUGCGUUUCGGCGCCCGCUGCACACAGCCUCGAUAGCUGCUGGUCGUGUCGAACCAAUUGUGCCCUGAUCACCUAGUGUUUCUGCUCAAUGCAUUCCAACCACUCACCCAAAGCAGUCUUAUAUGCCUAUGUCGAGCAUGUCAUUCGCAAUUAUGCCGAUUUUAAUUAGACGUCAUAUCGGCUCACAAGAGGUGUUGAACUCAGUUGGCCUCUAUUUUGUUCAUUCCUGUUCUCAUUCAGUUUUUUGUUUUUUUUUAGCAAAGGAAGUCUCCGAGGUUAAAAAGGCGUCCGCUUUACUGUCUCGCCGACUGGAAUCGGUUUCUGGACGUGCGGAAUCAAACAAGUGCGUCUCACCAUAA